GCUCUUUCUCUAGUCCAUGGCUUUUGGAGCUCUUGCGCUGGUUUUGCCACCAUCGUCGUGCUCCUUUGCGGAUAUUUGCUGCCGAUCCAGCCGAUUGCGCUCGUCGCCGGGGAUCAGAGCGCAGGCCGUGCGCGUCAGGGCGGCGAUGGAGCGAGGCCAGGACGGGGAUCUGGCGCAUUGGGAGACCGUUGUGGGGAUUUUGGGAGGCGGGCAGCUCGGGCGGAUGCUUUGUCAGGCUGCGUCGACGAUGGGGUUGAAGGUAGCGGUUCUUGAUCCGGCUGAGGAUUGCCCUGCGAGCCGUCUGGCACACAAGCAUCACGUCGGGAGUUUUCGAGACAGGGAUGCUGUUAGAGAAUUUGCAAAGAGCUGUGGAGUUCUCACUGUGGAGAUUGAGCACGUCGAUGUCGACACUAUAGAUGCUCUUGCCACUGAAGGCAUUGAUGUGGAGCCGAGUCCACAAACGAUCAGGAUAAUCCAGGACAAGUAUUUGCAAAAAGUUCACUUCCAAGAGCAUGGAAUUCCUCUUCCGGAUUUCCUUGAGCUCAAGAGCAUUGAAAGCGUUGAGGAAGCCACUAGCCUGUUUGGUUAUCCUUUGAUGGUGAAAAGCCGUCGCCUUGCGUACGAUGGUCGUGGAAAUGCCGUAGUCCGAUCUAGAGAUGACUUUGAAUCAGCUGUUGCGUCGCUGGGUGGAUUUGAGCACGGCCUUUAUGCAGAACGUUGGGCUCCGUUUGUAAAGGAACUGGCCGUGAUGGUUGCACGAAGCAGAAGUGGUGAAUUGCGUUGCUAUCCCGUCGUCGAGACCUCGCAAAAGGACAACAUUUGCCAUGUUGUCGAAGCACCUGCUCAGGUGUCCAACGCUGUAGCACAACGGGCUCUAGAUAUUGCAGGGAAGACGAUCGGUUCGCUGGAAGGCGCAGGAAUUUAUGGUGUGGAGCUGUUUCUUCUAGCGGACGGCCAGGUUCUUCUCAACGAGGUUGCUCCGCGACCACACAACAGCGGUCACUAUACUAUUGAAGCUUGCUACGUUUCACAGUUUGAACAGCAUCUUCGGGCCGUGUUGGGCUUUCCACUUGGUGAUACAGCGAUGAAGGUUCCAGCAGCAAUGAUGUAUAAUCUUCUCGGAGAGGCUGAGGGUGACGCUGGAUUCAACCAAGCUUAUCAAACCUUGAGAAGAGCGCUAAACGUCCCUGGUGCAAGCAUUCAUUGGUACAACAAAGCUGAGAUAAGGAGGCAGCGGAAAAUGGGCCAUAUCACUGUUGCUGGAGACUCUGCAGCUCUUGUCAGGGCGCGCAUGAAUCAAAUCAUUAGUUCCACUGUCAGCUCCAAUUCAAGUGAGAGCGAACCAGGUCCAUUAGUUGGCAUAUACAUGGGGUCUGAUUCAGACUUGCGUGUCAUGAAAGAUGCAGCUGAUGUUCUUGACUCCUUUGGUGUUGCUUAUGAGAUGACAAUUGUGUCCGCUCACAGAACCACGGAGAGAAUGAACGCCUUUUCAAGGACCGCACAUGAAAGGGGCAUCAAAGUGAUAAUUGCUGGAGCAGGCGGCGCCGCACACUUACCUGGCAUGAUCGCGAGCGCUACUCCUCUCCCCGUCAUCGGUGUUCCUAUCAAUGUCACCUCCUUCGAUGGCCUUGACGCGCUACUCUCCAUAGUCCAAAUGCCAAAAGGCGUCCCAGUGGCCACAGUCGCAGUGGACAAUGCGACGAAUGGAGGACUUUUGGCCGUGAGGAUGCUGGCAUUGACGAACCCAAAGCUCUUGCAAAGGAUGAUAACUUACCAGCAAGAAAUGGAGGCGGCAGUGCUUGAAAAAGCGGAGAAAUUGGAGAAAGAAGGCUGGAGAAACUAUUACUCUCGCAAGAACAAGUCUUCUCCAAGCUAAAGGCGAUGGCGAUUGGAACUUUCUUCCACUUCUAAAGCGGUGAUUCAUAAAACUCCAUGAACUACGCUUUGGUACGGAAGAGCGGUGGUCCCAAAUGAAGUAGUGGCCCAUCAGUUGGGACGUUACGCAAUGGGAGUACAAUGCUGAUGAUUGGAGGGGCGGCACGUGACGGGCGGCUCGCUCGUCAGCGACGGCCGUGACUUGGAGAUCCGAAUCCGAACGAGAUCCCGGCCGUCAGAGGAAACCGCCGCCGCCCGUCAGAGGUGGCCCAAAACUUAUCCCAUGUUUGUCAAGCCCGUCAAUGAUUGACGUGUCAGCUCGAGCAUAUGGAAUGGGAUUAAAAAAAAAGAAAAGGUUUUCUCCCUCGA